UCUCCCUCUGCACCCAAGUCGUUAAAUAACUCGCGACACACGAAGCGGCGCUCUCGCUCUUCGUACCAGGGAGGCGCCUUUAAAUUCCCUUUCACCCCAAAGCCGGUCUUUCUGCGUCACUCGGCGAAUCCGACGGAGUGAGGGGGAAGCAAAAGGCUCCAAAACAAGAACAUAAAGGAACAGGGAGAAGAAUUUUCUGAGUCUUUAUUGUACAAGAAGUGUGAAUCCUUCAUAUUGCCGUUCAGAUGCUCAUGCUCAUCCAUUCGUACUGAAUGGAUAAACUUGUUGAAUUAACUUUGUCUUAGAAUAUAUGGGGUGGGUAUCAGAUUUGCUUAAGGAUAAUGAGUCAUGAAGGUGGUGCUUUGAUUGUUGUCAUACUUCUUUUUUCUUUAGGCAGUGAGUUCUGCCUCUCAUCUAAUGGUGCAAUGUAGUUGUUGUGCUGGAGGGCUAGCUAAAUCUCAAUCAGCUACCGAUAGAAUAUUGGGUCCACCCAAGAAGUGGAACAUAGGCCAGUUAUCAAGCCAAAAGAAAAGACAAUGGUCAUCAAGUCCUGAACUUAUAGCAAUGGAAAACGAUGUCAGCAAUUCUCAUUCCCUAGCAAUGAACAAUUCUUCAUGCCCCACUAUUAUCAAUGAUGAUGCCAAGUUAACGGAGCAAAACGCCAAUAAUAUUCCAUUUAUCAACCAAGGUGCUAUAGCCUGGAAUCAGACGAGAAGGGAGUGGGUUGGUGAUCGGUCAAAAAGGCCCCAUAGAGCUCCAAGAGAACCAACAAUAAGCUGGUGUGCAACCUACGAGGAUUUGCUCUCGACCAACCAACCUUUUUCACAACCCAUCCCAUUAUCGGAGAUGAUAGAUUUUUUGGUCGACAUAUGGCAGGAGGAAGGACUUUACGAUUAGAUGGAGACUUAGUUGCACCGAAAUAUUUUGCUAGUAUGGAAAUAAGUCUGGCUUCUCAUUCGUCUAAUUCAGUGGGGUAUUAUUCUGUCUAAAGCAAAAUGUAUCGACAUUGCCAUGUGACCCUUUGACACUGAAUCUUAUUUGGUGAAAAAACAGAAACAGUGUACUCCGUAUUAGCACUCUUCGUUUCAUGGUCUGCAUA